GAGAUCUUUUGCUCGUGCGACGUGCGGUGCGAAUUCGAAAUAUCCCAAGACGCUCGCUUCUUCUGCUCGGCUCGGAAGGCCAAAGCCGUCGGUCGGAGCCAUCGCCCAUGGCGACUGCGAGCUCCCUCCCGCCCAACGGCGCCGCCGUCAAGGGACCCUACCCCGGUCGCCUCGCCUCCGUGUACAGCGACGUGCAGACCAGCCGACUCAACCAUUCCCUCCCUCUCCCCUCCAUCCUCAAGGCCCCUUUCGAGCUCCGCGAUGGCCCUCGUAGCUCCGCCGCCGGAAACCCAGACGAGAUUGCGAAGCUAUUUCCUAAUUUAUUUGGUCAGCCGUCGGCAAAGCUAGUGCCGGCUGGCUCGGGUCCUUCAGAUUUGCCCGGGAGCCUGAAGAUUGGGGUUGUGCUGUCCGGCGGCCAGGCUCCAGGUGGACACAAUGUGAUAUCUGGGAUAUUCGAUUACUUACAGGAUAGGACGAAAGGUAGCAUCCUGUAUGGAUUUAGGGGGGGACCGGCAGGUAUUAUGAAGCGCAAGUACGUGGAGCUGACUCAUGAUUUUGUCUAUCCUUACAGAAACCAGGGUGGAUUUGACAUGAUCUGCAGUGGAAGGGACAAGAUUGAAACUCCAGAGCAGUUCAAGCAAGCUGAAGAUACUGUGACAGAACUUGAUUUGGAUGGACUUGUUGUUAUUGGUGGUGAUGACUCCAAUACUAAUGCAUGCCUGCUUGCUGAAAAUUUUAGGCAAAAGAAAAUGAAAACUCAGCUCAUUGGAUGUCCCAAAACGAUUGAUGGAGAUCUCAAAUGCAAGGAAGUUCCUACAAGUUUUGGAUUUGAUACUGCAUGCAAGAUCUACUCUGAAAUGAUUGGAAAUGUAAUGAUAGAUGUGCGUUCAACUGGCAAAUAUUACCAUUUUGUGAGGUUGAUGGGUCGUGCUGCUUCACAUAUAACAUUGGAAUGUGCUUUGCAAACACAUCCUAACAUUGCCAUCAUUGGUGAAGAGGUGGCUGCUAAGAAGCAAACACUUAAGAAUGUUACAGACUACAUUACUGACAUUAUCUGCAAGCGCGCAGAACUUGGCUACAAUUAUGGUGUCGUACUUAUUCCUGAAGGACUGAUCGACUUUAUUCCUGAGGUCCAACAACUUAUUGCUGAACUAAAUGAAAUCCUAGCUCAUGAUGUAGUUGAUGCUGAGGGGUUGUGGAAAACCAAACUUCAACAACAAUCAAAAGUUCUCUUUGAAUUCCUGCCCCAGGCAAUCCAAGAUCAACUUUUGCUGGAAAGAGAUCCACAUGGAAAUGUACAGGUUGCCAAAAUUGAAACUGAAAAAAUGCUCAUCUCCAUGGUUGAAACUGAGUUGCAGAAUAGAAAAUUGGAGGGUAAAUACGCUGGAAAUUUUAAAGGACAGUCCCACUUUUUUGGAUAUGAAGGAAGAUGUGGCUUGCCAACAAAUUUUGAUGCCAACUACUGUUAUGCACUGGGGUAUGCUGCGGGAGCUCUGCUACAUUCAGGAAAGACAGGGCUCAUUUCCUCGGUUGGUAACUUAAGUGCUCCUGUUGAUGAAUGGACUGUUGGUGGAACUGCAUUGACUUCAUUGAUGGAUGUAGAGAGGAGACAUGGUAAAUUCAAGCCAGUGAUCAAGAAGGCUAUGGUGGAACUGGAUGGUGCCCCAUUUAGCAAGUUUGCAUCAAUGCGAGAUGAGUGGGCUAUCAAGAACAGAUACAUCAGCCCCGGACCAGUUCAAUUUAUUGGUCCAGGAUCAAACGAUGUUAACCACACCCUGCUCUUGGAACUGGGAGCCUGGGCUUAAUUGUCUGAAGCUGCCUUUGAAAUUCAUGUUAACCCCGAGAGUGGGGAACACAAACAAGGUAUUUCUCAUGCAUUUCUCCUUGUCCUAGAAAAGGUGAACACAAUUUUUGUGCUUGAGAUUUUCUUUGCCGACAAAUGAAAUAGGUGAUAGCUACGUGAAACUUGAGAUCUUUGAGAAAGCAUUUCCAUCGUACCCUCCAAUUGUCGUUGACAUAUAGCUUGAGCAGAAGGCAAUAACAGUUGACCUUUUCCUACCUAACAUGGUCAGACUAAUUGGGUCAAACAGUUUGUGUCAAAUCAUGCCAUCUACUUCAUUGCAUGUUUUGCCAAUUCAACCAGCCCUGUUCCUUCUUAGAUCUUGUGUUUUCUGUUUUUCCUUUUUUAAUUUGCUUGAUAUUUAGUUAUCGUUGUAUCUUGUGUCUUUUUGAGAUACCAUUAUUGAUCAUUCUAGCUUUCUUAUGUCCAAAAAUAUUUUUUUUUAUGCUGAUUGUGACACCUUGUAUGUUAUUUUUCAUAGCCCAAGAUCAUCUUGCAGAUCACUCUGUGUCAUAAAAUUUUAAAUCUAAAUACUCCUAAACAGUUUAUAAUACCUACCCUCCAUGUCAAUUCUUUUAUAGCAUAAGUUGAAUUAAAUCUUGUGUUAAAAUUGCUAAUCUAUUUCAUGUGUUACAUUCUCAGUUGACCAUGUAGAGUUGUUUUUUUGUAAAUGAAAUUUUCAAUGAUGACCAAAUCACAACUAGGUCAAAUUAGCAAUGGAGUAGUUACGGACAAAAUUUAGUUGCCUUUUUGUUGGAAGAUAUAUAUUGAAAAUAUAUAAAUAUAGUACUGUGCUUUGGAUAUAUAACUACAAUGGUCAUCUGCCUACAAUCUUGAUUAUUUCAUAAUCUAUAUCUGAUAUCACAAUGCCAUUAUCCAAAAUUGUUGAAUUGAAUAUUUAAAAGCCUAAGGUAAUAGACCCUGUAAAAAAUGCUCAUGUUUUAUGUAGAUAGCCUGUUACCUCAUGGCUUUAAAUAUUUGAUUCAAAAUUUAUAAUGCCAUCUUAAUUACCGUUGAUAGUGUAAUAAAACAGUUUGAAUUCUGAAGAAUUGUUAUUUUAUCAGAUAUAGAUUAUGAAAUAGUCAAGAUUAUCGCUGA